AUGCAAAAAAAUACCUAUAAUUUUGAUGUAGGAUAUUUUUUAAAAAGUUGUACUGAUUUAGAACAAUCAUAUGAAGUUCUAUUAAAUGAAAAAAAAAAAAGUGAAUUAAAACUAAAUGAAGUGUCUAAAAACUUACAAGAAAUAAAAGAAAAAUAUGAAAAAGAAAAAAAAAAUAAUUUAGAAAUAUCAUUUAACAUAUCAGAACAAACAGAUAAAUUAAUAAAAAAGCAAAAUUAUUUUGAAAAUUAUGAGAAUGUAAAAAAACAAAAUGAAGAUUUUAAGCGUAAAAUAGAAAUUUUAAAAAAAGAAAAACAAUUUGAAAAACAAAACAUGAUGGAGAAGAUAAAAAUAGCUGAAAGAAAGAAACAUCAAGAAAUAGAAGAAUAUGAAAAAAAAAUGAGACAGAAUAAAAAUAUGUUGCUAGAAUUAGAAAGUCAAAUUAAAGAAUUAGAUUUUGAAAUAUCUUCAAAAAACAUAGAGAUAAAAAGGUUAUCAUCGAUUAUAAAUGAUAUACAACAAAAGCAUGAAAAAAAAAAAUUAGAAUAUGAACAAAAAAUUAAAGAUUUAAUUAAAGAAAACGAAGAAAUCAAUAGAAAAAAUAAAGAAGUUAUUAACAAUUUAAUAAAUGAAAGUAAUAACCCAUCUUUGGAUAAUUUAAAAAAUAAACUUAAGUUACAGCAGCAAGAACCUAUUAAGUUAGAAGGAGAGCAUUUAAAUUUAAAAAAGAGCAUUAAUAAAACAUCAAACAAAAAAUCUGUAUCAACAAUGCAUACAAGGAAUAACAAAAUUUUAUACAAAAUAUAA